AUGUUGCUCGUUAACGUAGAUCCUUCUAACAGGAACAGAAGGUCGGCAAUGCAUCAAAUCACAGGGAAAUCACUGUUACCAAGCAAAGAUCUGGAGUGGUACUUCUUUAGUCCCCGAGACCGUAAAUACCCAAAUGGAUCAAGGACUAACCGAGCAACAAAAGCUGGGUAUUGGAAGGCCACAGGGAAGGAUCGGAAGGUGAACUCUCAAAUGCGGGCUGUGGGGAUGAAGAAAACCCUAGUUUACUAUAGAGGGAGAGCACCCCAUGGAGCUCGAUCUGAUUGGGUCAUGCAUGAAUACCGGCUAGAUGAGAGAGAGUGUGAAACUAACACAGGCUUGCAGGAUGCUUAUGCACUUUGCCGUGUGUUUAAGAAGAGUUUGAAUGCCCCAAAGGUUGAAGAACAGUAUGCCACCACAGCUAGUGAUCACUCAUCUAGUAUUGAUCUAUACUCUGAAGAAAGAUGUGAAAAUUUGGAGAGUCCAAAUUAUCCAAGGCCACUAGCUACAUGCUCAACCAGCAUCAACCAUGGGUCUCCACUUCAUGCAACUGGUUCAAGUACCGAUGGGAAUUGGAUGCAGUACUUAUCAGAAGAGGCAUUUAACUUCAACCCUCCACCAUUUCCAAAUUAUGGGACCAUGUCUUUUCCCCCAUCAAAGGUUGAUGUAGCAUUGGAGUGCGCAAGGUUGCAGCAUCGGUUCUCAUUACCUCCAUUGGAGGUGCAGGACUUCCCUCAAGUUGGCUUCACAGACCUAAAGAUGCCACAAUCGAGUUUCAUCCAUGAAAGCACAAAUAGAAAUGAUAUCUUGCAGGAAAUUCUUUCAGUUGCUCAAGCUUCUCAGGAACUCAUAAACCAAGAUACAUGGGGUGGAAAUUAUGCUCCUGCUGAUGAUUUUUCCUUUAUGCCUCAUCCUAACCAAAUCCACGACACGAGUUCGUUUUCAUUUAUGAACAAAUUGAGGGGAGAUCCGAACACAAGGCCCAUUGAGAUUGGAGACAUGGAUGAGGUAUUUAGAACUGAUAGAACAGUUGAGAACUUGAGGUGGGUGGGAAUGUCAAGCAACGAUCUAGAGAAGACGUUCUUGGAAGACUUCAAGACGGUUCCAAUAGAAAAUAUUUCGGGUUUUCAAAGCGAAGAGCAUGAAAUUCAAGGAGAAACCAGCACACACAACAACUUCAAUGAAUUCAAUGACACAGAAGCAAAUGAUUUCUCACUUGCAUUUGCCAACGACAACCCGAAUGAUAACUUCAUAGAUGAUGACAACAUGGAUGACUUUUCGAGUCCUCCAAGCUUUGAAGUUUAUGAGAAAGUUGAAGUAAAUCAUGGAAUGUUUGUUUCAACUCGCCAGGCAGCCAUGACCUUCUAUCAUCAAAUAGUGCCUUCAAAUGUCGUUACAAUCCAUCGAAAUGACCAAACCUUCCCAACUGCAAAUGCAAUUCCUCAGGCAAAAUCCAAGUACAGAAGCUUGUUUAACAAAACCAAAGCUUUUGCCAGAAAAAAGUUCAUUGAUAUAACCAAAUCUUUGAAGCUAUGGAGGAAAAUAGAAAAUCCUAUUGUCAGCAUAAUUGCACUUCUACUGAUUUAUUGCAUUUAUCUAGGGGACUAUUCCGGGGACGAAAAGUUCAGAGGUGGCUCAGCAGCCAUUAACAAAGCUUUGGAGAGAGGAGAGGAAGAUUGCUAUGCACAUAUAACGAAGAUGAAGAAACCAGGAAUUAAGAGGUGGAAUUGGAAGAAAAACAAGGUUUGGUUUAUUGACAUGAUAGAAGGAGGGGGUGUUUCUAGUAUGGUUUUGAACAAGCUAUGGCCUUACCUUACCCUUGCUUUGGCUCUUUGUAGCAUUUGCUUACAAUUUGUUAAACCUUCUGAUUGAUGAUGACACUGGGUUUUAGUUAAUUUGCUGACCAUAGUUUUUAACAGGAAAGGCAUUAGUUAGUCUUGCCUGAAUUUGGAUUCUGAU